AUGGCGAAGGGCCGCGUACCCCGCGCGCCGGAGCCGCCCGGGCAGCCGCAGCAGGAACGACGGGCCGAGGCGGCGGCUCAGCUUGGACGCAGCCGACUAAUCAAGACAAGUCCAGAUCUGUCUGAGUCCUGCACAUGGUUCCCCGAGUCCUAUGUGAUUUAUCCAACUAAUCUCAAGACCCCAGUUGCUCCAGCACAGAAUGGAAUCCAGCCACCGAUCAAUAACUCAAGGACAGAUGAAAGAGAAUUCUUCCUGGCCUCUUACAACAGGAAGAAAGAGGAUGGGGAAGGCAAUGUUUGGAUUGCAAAGUCAUCAGCUGGUGCCAAAGGUGAAGGCAUCCUCAUCUCCUCGGAGGCAUCAGAGCUUCUGGAUUUCAUAGACAACCAGGGUCAAGUGCAUGUGAUCCAGAAAUACCUUGAGCACCCUUUGCUUCUAGAGCCCGGUCACCGCAAGUUUGACAUUCGAAGCUGGGUCUUGGUUGACCAUCAGUAUAAUAUCUACCUCUAUAGAGAGGGUGUGCUUCGAACUGCUUCAGAACCAUAUCAUGUUGAUAAUUUCCAAGACAAGACCUGCCAUUUGACCAAUCACUGCAUUCAAAAAGAGUAUUCGAAGAACUAUGGGAAAUAUGAAGAAGGGAAUGAAAUGUUCUUUGAGGAGUUCAAUCAGUACCUAACAAGUGCUUUGAAUAUUACCUUGGAAAAUAGUAUCUUACUACAAAUCAAACAUAUAAUAAGGUAA